UUCGAUCGUGUUUGGAUGCAGUUUUACGUCAUUACACCGACCGUGACUGAGUGUUUCGAUCUCUACUAAAAAACUAUUUUUCUCAGUAAACUCACUCCCUUCCGCUCGUGCAGAGACCCCGGAGGGUUUUACUCGAAAGUCACUCCCAUUUAUAGGAACAGAACGCGUCUUUGCCAAAUAGUACUUCCGAAUCCUUCGUAAAGCCACGUUUCCUCACUUCAAACAUAAUAAACACGCUCGUGUCGUCGGGUAUCGAACCUCUCGUGUGCUCUGGUGCAGUUCAUCGGCUCUGCACAAGUUUACAGCUUUGAUUUGUCCUUUCUCCACAAUUUAAAUAUGAUAAUAUUUGUAUUGGGGAUAUAUGUUUUUAUUCACUUUCAUGCUCUUUUCCUGUGUUUUCUUUAUUUAUCUUCCUCUUAACAUUAUGUAAACUUAUGGGAAAAGUUGCAAAUUGCAUUGACUUAAGUACUGUACUUAAGUAUUGUCUAGUACUUCUACUCCACACAAUACAGAGACAAAAUGACACUGCGUUUAUUUGAAAGUAAUAGUUUCUGGUUGUUGUGGUGAUGAUUGGCUUAUAAAAUAUGAUGCACUGCUAAAAAAUGAAACCAUUAAUUAACAAUAAUAUUAGAAUAAUAGUCUGAGGAGCCUCCUGCUUUGUGAGGACUUGUAUUGAGACUUUAUGCACAUUUUGCUGAUAGUACUUAACUUUUACUUGAGCAAAAAUAUGAAUGGGGUUUGCUGACAAGUGAUUUAUGAAUAUUAACACGAUUAUCAGCUUUACAGUUACAAAGUCCCUUACAAUACAAUGAUCUAUUGAAGAUGAUCAGAUAAAACUAAGUAAGCUAAAACAAUACCGUUAUAAAUAAAUAACUGAAAAGGCAGCUUUUAAAAUAUGCUUAUGCUUUCCUGGUUUCCUCAGACGAGAUAUUGAGUCUUGGAGGUACAGCAGCUGAAUAGUUGUACACAGGAGAGGUUGUGUGUCCCUCAGGUGUUUAACGUCACACUGCUCUUUGUUUGCAGAAAUACGAUGGGACAGAAAGUUGAGUUGACACAAGCUGGAUGGUUUCUCUGUGCAGUUUAAAACAGGAUGUCCUCCCUGGUCACAGUUUGGACAAAGGAGGAUCCCCACAGGCUCAUUCCUCCAAGUCAUGUGGUACAGUAGAAAUAAGUCAAAGGCAACUUGGACUUAUGAGACCUUGAGGACAUCCCAGAGUGAUGUGAAGUAACUUCCUGUAUUUUACCACAGUGGGACUUGGUCACUGAGUUCAUCACUGUGGUCAUCACUGUCAUGAGUUCAAUACAGUUUGUUUUUAGCCAUGCUAGCUGCAUAGCUCUGGCAAUGUUUGUCUGUUGGUUUGUCCUCCACUGGAUUGCCAUGAAGUUGUUUUUUUUGCAGACAUCCAUGGUUCCAAGAGGAUUGCUAAUUUUAUUUCAGUAAAAGUAGUCUUUCAUCACUGCUCUCACUGUUGGUUGUUAACUGGCUUUUUCUACAUGUUAUUCUUUUUGUUUGUCAUCGGUGCCACCGGGUCUGAUCCCGCGUGAAAUCAGAAGCAGACCCUGCUGCAGUAUAAAGGGAGUCUGGUGUUUGGAAACUCUAGCGCUUUUGUCCACAGGGAAAGUUCUUUGUAUAGUAGCUUUAAGUAAAAGUGCAUUCAAAUAGACUUAAUGUACAAAACGUAAAGGUAAGCUAUCUAUUAUUGUAAUAUGGCCCAUUACAGAUUCAUAAGUAUAAUUUAUCACUGGAUUAUGAUUAGUGACGUUAAUAUGUUCAAUUUUAUGUUGCAGCUGGUAAAUAAGGUGUGGAUAACUUAACUUAAACUUCUUGUACUGUUGAGAGGCAAUCAAAACGCUCCAAAGCUCAGAUAUUGUACCUUUAACUUUUGUUAAGUAUGUUUUUGGAUGCAAAUAUUUUUGCACUUUCACUCUCGUACAAUUUUGAAGAGUAUGUCCACCCUUUAAGUAAACAAAUGAAAGAAUGCAUUUCAAAUUGCAGUGUUUGAAUCACAGAUUUUGCUCAGUUCCACCACAUUAACAUUUUUUACAUCCUUCCAAUUCUCUCCCCCCUCCUAUUGUUACCUGGGGCGCGCGCAGGAGGCGUCGUGGAUCACGCACGGCUCGUGUUGAUGUUGCUUCAGUGAUCCUCGUGAGCACCGAGCAGCGCUUCUUACUGGCUCGUGCGUGACGAGAACGGGAAAAGGAGGCUGUGGAGCUGGUUACAAAAGAGAGGGAGAGGGAGAGAGAGAGAGCGGAAAGACGGACAGACGGACAGACGGACAGCCGCUACUGUCACACACGAGAUAAGCUUUUAGCGUUUUUACGGAGACAGACGCGGGGAGGUAUCCUACAACUUCCGCAUGCCAGAGGAUCGUGUGUUUCCGGUGUGGCGGGGCAUCGGGGUCGGUACUGGCGUCAGAGGCGUGUGGAGCCACGGCUGGGGACCCUCUCUGCAAUGGGAGCCUGACGGUCCAGCACAAGGGCCCCGGAUGCCGGUGGUUGACUACCCUGUCUGGGUUGUCCUGUGUCGCGGGGGACGCGCCAGGCUCUGGGAGGCUUGUCAGCGAGGGAGGGAUGUCAUCAGACUGCCUGCAGACAUGCUCAGCAUCAAGCUGCCCCAGCUCUUUGACAUCCACCAGAUCCCCAAGGUGUUCACGGAGGAAAGCAUCAUCUCUGGAUACCGUCACCCGCAGAGCUCAGCGCUGGACUGCGUCCUCAGCAGCUUCCAGAUGAACAACGAGACGGUCAACAUCUGGACCCACUUCUUGCCAACAUGGUACUUCCUGUGGCGCUUAUGUGUCCUCUGCUCCACUAUGAACUUCCUGACCGACAGCUACACCUGGCCCCUUCUGGUGCACAUGCUCCUCAUCUGCAUUUACCCCUUCACCUCCUGCUGUGCGCACACCUUCAGCACCAUGUCCCCAGAGUCCCGACACAUCUGCUACUUCUUUGACUACGGAGCGAUCAGCCUUUACAGUCUGGGUUGUGCCAUAAGCUACGGAUACUACGUCAUGCCAGAGUGCCUGGUGAACAGCUGGCUCCAUCAGCAUUUUGUCCUCAUCGCCCUUGGAAACACUCUGUUCUGUACCAGUAUGUCCUGCUACUCCAGGUUCCUGGAGCUGCAGUUCCCACAAAGAAGCAAAGCUCUGAGGACCGGAGCGUUUAUCCUUCCUUUUAUAUUCGACACGGUUCCUCUGUUUUACCGGAUCAUUCUGUGCUGCGGCGGGACCUGCGUCCCGAGCGACGCCUUCUCCAGGCACUGUUACCACCUCCUCUUCGCCUUCCUCACCUGCUUCCUGUUUACCGCCAACUUCCCGGAGAGGCUGGCCCCGGGACGCUUCGACUACUUCGGCCACAGCCACCAGCUCUUCCACGUCAGCGCCGUGGUGGGGACCCACUUCCAGAUGGAGGCCGUGAUGGCAGACAUGACGUCGCGGCGGACGUGGCUGCUGGCCCACGGAGUGAUGCCCUCCUUCCUGGGGACCAUCGGCGUACUCGUCGCCAGCCUCGUCCUCAACCUGGGCAUCAUCGGCAUCUUCAGCGCCCCGCUGCUGUGGAAGCCCUGCCACGGCCCCAACCAGCCGCGCACGUCAAAGAGCGAGUACAAGGAGCAGUGAGGGCGAGUUUCCCACCAACGGCCACAAAAUGUCUCAUUCACUUUCCAAAGGAAAGGUUUGUCUGUCUCAGUGUGUGUGUGUGUGUGUGUGUGUGUGUGUGUGUGAGAUGACUAUUAAUGCCACUAGUUUUAUCAUUCAGACGUAAAGACUUAGAGAUCCUGUUCAGUGCUAACGCAUUUGUCUAACACACCUGAUACAUCUGUUCAUGUGUUUGCUCAGCAGCUGAGGACCCAGUCGCUCUCAUCGAAGCCCUUUUCUGAUGUCACGUUGAGCUCGUAUGUCUACCAUGUACAAAAUGUCUGUUUAAUUUAUUUUUACGGUUCCUCAAUGGGCAUUUUGAAAAAGGCUCUGGGUUGAAGGACGCAUGCUGUAGCAACACUAGUGCGUUAUUGUAGACCCACAUUUAAUGUACGAUGUUUACAGUGGACCACUGCAAGUUUAAAACUGGAAACAUCUAAUGUCGCAGUUUGCAGGGAUUAUAUUUGGAAUAACUGACGUUUAUUAUUGUGCAUGUGCUAGGCCAGAACCUCCUUUUACUUCAUUAAGGAUUUAUUGAAAAUGUUCUCUGUCACUGGACUACUUGGCUCGUGUGGUUGUUCUACGUACAAACUGUCUUCAGCGUAGACGGCCCUCGUUCAAGUCUCUGUAACGUAAUGCAGCUGGUAUACAGUAUAGCAUAUACAGUAUAGCAUAUACAGUAUAGCAUAUACAGUAUAUCCACGUAUUCAUUCCACUCAGCAGGGAUUGCCAUUGAUUUGCAGGUCACGUGCUUCUUUUUUUCCUGAUUGCCUGCCCUGUUAUGAACCCCACAAUCUGCCCUCAGACAAAAAAUAUUACAGCGCGACGGUGAUUAAAAGACGGGUACCAUUUUGGUUUUUUUUAAUAACCGUUUGUUUCCAUGACAACGCCAUGGUGGCCUCGUGCCCCCUGAAGGUCUUGAGUAUUAUUUUUUUUGGGCGUCCUGAGCAAACGGCACCAUUUUCUCUUGUUCUUCCGUCACGCAUCAUAAGACCUGUUGGGAACAGUUAUCACGGACAAAAGCACUUAAACUCAGUGGUUGUGUUUUGUAAUUUAUAAGCUUUUGAAUGUUUCCAGUUAAUUUUCCAACACCUGUGGUUUAUUACUGAAGAGUUUUAAGUUAAAAGUAAGUUUAGCCGUAGUCCGGGUCGUGUUAAUAUCACGGGAGUACUGUGGUGUUGCAGUAUUGUGGUGCAUACAUAGUAUUACAAACCAGUCCCACUCAUGUACUGUGGUUAUCUUGUCCCAUGAGACUGUUGUAUCGGCUACAUUUACCACGGAAAUAACGAUUACAUAUUCAUAGAAUUGUGUUAUAUUUAUCUUUUUUUUUUCCAGUUGCAUAGACGGGGAUGAAGAUGAAGGUUUUUCUCUUUUUGGGAAUAGAUUAAGUAACUAUAGUUCUUUAAAAAUGAACUGUUAUUGUGACGGUUAUUGAGCUCUGUGUCCUUAAAACACGUGAGAAAAGUGCAGGCAGAUUAUUUCAGUAGGUUUCCAACUUGAGUCAACUUGUAUUGUAAAAUUUAAAAAAAAGGUACCACAGCUGAAAUUAUUAGUUUAGUUAAGUAAUCCAUUCGUUGACUGACUGAACUAUUUUGAUAUUAGUUUCAUCAUUUGAGAAACUUUUCAGGCCAAAAUGCAAAACAUUUGCUCCAUUUGUUCCAGCUUCUUAUUUUAUAUCAUUAUAAAUUUAAUAUUUUUUGGUUUUGGGCCUUUUUGGAAAAAACUAUGGAAAUUGUGAUACCAGUGUCUUUUUUUUUUUUUUAAUUAUUUUUGUUAGAUAGUUUAUCGACAAACAAUUGAUAAAGAAAGAAACAACAUAUUAUUAUGAAAAAUGGGUCAAAAUUAUCUCAGAUUUUUCCACUUGUUUUAAGAAUAUAAACAUUCUACAGACUCGAUAAUGGACACAAAUGACUUGAUAAGAUGCAUAAAUUAGAAAUUCGUUAAUUAGCUCAUCAUAGCGGUCAUAUCGGUAGCCUACUGUAUAUACAGCCGAUGCUUCAGAGACGGGCAAAGAAGUAUUGUUUAAUAGGUUUGAAUGGGAGACAGGACAUGUGUGUUGUAGCUCUAACAUACUGCAGGCACAGAUUCCAACAAUGCUCAUUUUACUUGACAAACUGUUUGGAAGGCUCAUUUGUAUAAAAUCGCUUUUAAAGCAUGUUUUGCACACAUUUACUCUUAAUUCCACCAUUAACACCAGUAGUUCGAACACACAACCCACAGGAGGCGCUCGACACACACUCACACACAAAGGUCUUUUUGGUAUAAGAGGUAUAAGAGGGGUAAAUGCAUGUGCUAUUAUGGGAAUGCGGUGUGCCACAGGUCCAUGUUGGACGCUGAAGUAGGAAGGUCGGAGGCAGAGUGAAUGUGUAGAAUCACAAAGCGCACACUGUUGUAUUAGAACAGAGGAUUUGUUUUCAAGGUUAGUGUGCAGAGUAUAAAAGUAUCAGACAAAACGGAGUAGUAUUUGUCCUCAAUGUGGUUUCCACCGACUCUCUUUCUGUUUUACCCCUACCGAGCGUUGAUCGAUUUUUAUUUUCUCUCCGGUCAUCAUCUUACAGCGGUCCUCGGUUUGACCCUGUUGGUUCUUGGAAUUUCAUCAUUACUGGCUCCUAUUGUGGUUCUUUGCUAUCGACCCAAACUAGUUGGAACUCUUUUAUUUCUGAGUUGUUGUUGUUGUCGUUUGUUUUAUUUCGCCGUCAUCUCUCUCAUCCUCAGCCGUCUGGUGCCUGCACUGUUUCUCAGCAGUUUGACGGUCAUGAAGGCCUCCACAUCAAAUAGGUCGAUGCUGAUGACGCCUUACUGAGUUGCAUUUUUUACAUUUAUUUUUGACCAAAUGAUCAAUUCCAAGCCCAGAAAUUCUCCAGACCAGUUCACUGUUAAAGGCUACUUGUCAUGUAAACCUCGUUGGUUUACUCCUCAGUGGACGAGCAGAUUCAGGUUUAAAUGAUCAGGAACACCGGGCACUUUUCUUCUGACAACAUAAAAGAGAAGAAUUCAGCGUAUUGAAGGAUGUUUGAAAACGUGGAAUGGAGAGCAAAGAUGAGUGCGGGAUGAAACAUUUGAUGCAACAAGAAUUCAAAACGGGAUUUGAAAGAUUCAUUGGUGCCUUUUAACAAAAAAAAAAAACAUUUUAUACAACCUUUAUUUUUGUACGAGGCAACAAACUACUCUUAAAAUGUAUAAAUACUUAUUUGUUCUUUGCUGUGAAUAAUUUGUAAUUUGCUACUUUGUUCUACUAGACUUGUGCAAUAAAUUAAACCUUUUAUGAGUUUAACGAU